GGCCUUCACGCCAUCAUCACAUCAAACUUCGAAACAUGCAUGCUUCCCGAGCUCACCAUCAUGCACCUUUCCUUCGUGAGCUUUGAUCUCUGCACUUAGGCCAGCAAUGUCGUUCGUUGAGGGUUUAUCGGCUGGCACUGCCUAAUCAAGCCGCAUGCUGCUUGGCGGCUGAUCUGGAUGGGUUACAAAAUAGUCGAAAUGGCUCGCGGUCCACCACAUUUAUAAUUCACUCUAACACCAUCUCCACCAGUCUAGGGCCUCCUUUUCUAUCUCCAAUUUGCGAUCCUAGCAAGACCACGAUGGGUGGUAAAACAUCCAAUCUUCGGAGCCAUGGGCGAACGGUUUGCAUUAUCGGAGCGGGCAUCAGUGGACUACGAGCCGCUAUACUUCUUACUAAUGUGGGGUUCAAUGUCACAAUACUCGAAGCAAGAGACCGUGUUGGCGGUCGUAUCCACCAAGAUCACCGCUUUGGUCAACCUAUCGAUCUUGGUGCGAGCUGGAUCCAUGGUACUCAAGGCAAUCCUAUCGUAGAGCUUGCAAGAAAUACAGAGUCAACGACAGUUGCUUGUAGCGCGGUCGAAUCUAUAUGUAAUACGAACGGAGUGUGGUUCGACCGGAAGAAGGCAAGACAAUACUAUGAAGAAGUUUGGGAGAUUCUGGAGUUGGCGAUGAAACAGAGUCACGCGAAUGCAGCAGCGAUACCUGACACAAUAAAGAUGAUGGAUUUCGUUCAUGAAGAAAUUCAGAGGAAAUGUUCGCACCGCAGAUGUCAAGAGCCUGAUGCGCCACUUCUGGCGUAUAUUGCUGAAAUGUGGGGGGCGUUUAUGGGAGACGAUGGCGAACGUCAGAGUCUCAAGAACCUCUGGCUAGACGCUGGGCUGGAAGGAGAUAACCUGUUCCUUGCAUCGACCUACAAGGACAUCGUUCAUGACAUGUACCUCCAGAUUUCGAAGAAAGUCAAUCUUCAGUUGAACUGCGAAGUGACUGCAAUUUCGAACUUACAGUCAGGUUCGCUACAGAUCAGUUCAAAGAGUGGUUUCCACGGCCAAUUCGAGGACGUUGUCGUUACUGCUCCGUUAGGGUGGUUGAAACGCAACGAGAACGUCUUCUCACCACCUUUGACACCCGAAAUUUCGACAGCAAUUCAAAGUAUUGGAUAUGGUAACCUAGAGAAGAUUUUUAUCAAAUUUCCAAAACCCUUCUGGGAUGAUCCGGAUUUUGGAAACAACACCGGAUCAGCCAGAGGCCCCGCGUUUCCGAUCGAGUCUCUCUUCUUGCGGCCAGAGUACGCAACCGAUACAAACCCGUCACGAUGGCGAACUGAGAUCGUGUCUUUCUCUGGUAUGCCGGCAGAAUUCUCGCAACCAAUCAUCAUGUUCUUCGUAUACGGUCAAUGGGGCAGACAUAUUUGUAGGCUUGUUCGAGGUAUGUUGCAGGACUCCGCAGAACGCUAUCGGAUCUUGGACGACAUAUUCCAUCCGUACUAUUCAAAGCUGCCAAAUUACGAUCCUACCCGCUCUGAAUGUGCUCCUGUGACAUUUAUGUCAACAGAUUGGCAGAAUGACGAGUUUGCAGGGUUUGGAUCGUUUGCCAACAUGCCAGUGGGUUCUGGCGAUGGCGAUCUUCAUUUCAAGGUACUUAGGGAAGGUAUGGGCCACAAUCGUGGAAUUUGGUUUGCUGGUGAACAUACAUCACCACCAGGUGGACUCGGCACUGUAACCGGAGCUUACUGGAGCGGGGAGGAAGCUGCCAAAAGAGUCGCUCUUCACCAUGGAAUCACGCUAGAUAUCUGAUACGUAGGAUGGUAGGAGUAGUACAAGCUCCAGUAAACUUGAACGAGGAAAUCUGUACUUAUGUAGCACAAACUCGAUCUGACAAGUCUUUG